CAACGCAACUAAAAUCCAACUUACGAAGCAAAGCCGGCUCCCUCGCACACCUCACUGGGCCCUUUCGAGCGGCAAAGAAAAUGAAGAAAAUAGAGAAACGGUUACAAUUUCAAAAUCACCAACUUAACCAUGGUUAAUUCCCAUCCAAUUAUUUUCUUUUAAUUUAAUUACUCUUAACUAACCCCGGUUAACCUCCACUACUUUUUUCCAACUAUAAAAGGCCGCCUUCUUCCUUCUCAUUUUCCAUCGAAAACAUUUCAUUUCUUUCAAAAGAAGGCGUCUUCAUAAACGCCUUCUUCUCCAUUUUCGAUAUUUCUUCGUCUUCUUCUUCUUCUUAGGUUUCAUUUGAUCGUUAUUUUUUUUUUCUUUCUGCCGGAGAAUAAAAUGAGAGAAUGCAUCUCGAUUCAUAUCGGUCAGGCGGGGAUUCAGGUCGGGAAUGCAUGCUGGGAACUGUACUGCCUUGAACAUGGAAUUCAGCCUGAUGGACAAAUGCCGAGUGAUACGACUGUAGGUGGAGGCGACGAUGCGUUCAAUACCUUCUUCAGUGAAACAGGUGCAGGGAAGCAUGUUCCUCGUGCUAUUUUCGUUGAUCUCGAGCCCACUGUCAUUGAUGAGGUGAGAACUGGAAUGUAUCGUCAACUGUUCCAUCCUGAACAGCUUAUCAGCGGUAAGGAAGAUGCUGCCAACAAUUUUGCUCGUGGUCAUUACACCAUUGGCAAGGAGAUUGUUGAUCUCUGUUUGGAUCGGAUUCGAAAGCUUGCCGACAACUGCACUGGACUACAAGGCUUCCUGGUGUUUAACGCUGUUGGUGGUGGUACUGGGUCUGGUCUUGGCUCCCUCCUUUUGGAGCGUUUAUCUGUUGACUAUGGCAAGAAAUCAAAGCUUGGUUUCACUGUUUAUCCCUCUCCACAAGUUUCCACCUCUGUUGUCGAACCUUACAACAGCGUUCUCUCAACCCAUUCCCUCCUUGAACAUACAGAUGUUUCUGUGCUUCUUGACAAUGAAGCCAUUUAUGACAUCUGUAGACGCUCCCUUGAUAUUGAGCGACCCACGUACACAAACCUUAACCGUCUCAUUUCUCAGGUUAUUUCAUCCCUGACCGCCUCUCUAAGGUUCGAUGGAGCUCUGAAUGUGGAUGUCACCGAGUUCCAAACGAAUUUGGUCCCUUACCCAAGAAUCCACUUCAUGCUUUCCUCUUAUGCCCCAGUGAUUUCUGCAGAGAAGGCAUACCAUGAACAACUCUCUGUAGCAGAGAUCACCAACAGUGCAUUCGAGCCGUCUUCCAUGAUGGCCAAGUGCGAUCCUCGACAUGGCAAGUACAUGGCUUGCUGUCUGAUGUAUCGAGGAGACGUCGUGCCAAAAGACGUCAAUGCUGCUGUUGCAACCAUCAAAACCAAGCGCACUAUCCAAUUUGUGGAUUGGUGCCCAACCGGUUUCAAGUGUGGGAUCAACUACCAGCCGCCUACGGUUGUUCCGGGCGGCGACCUCGCCAAAGUGCAGAGGGCAGUGUGUAUGAUCUCGAACUCGACAAGCGUGGCAGAGGUGUUCUCUCGCAUAGACCACAAGUUUGAUCUGAUGUAUGCGAAGAGGGCCUUUGUGCAUUGGUAUGUGGGGGAGGGGAUGGAGGAGGGAGAAUUCUCUGAAGCCCGGGAGGAUCUUGCGGCGCUCGAGAAGGAUUACGAGGAAGUAGGGGCAGAGUCUGGCGAAGGUGAUGAUGAUGAUGAUCAGGAGGAGUACUGAGGAGACCAUGGAAGGAAACUCAAUUAUAUUGUAAUAUUAUAUAUUUGAAGUUUGCUAUCUGUUUCGUUUUGUGUUUGGUUGUUUUUGUGGGCACUCUUUUGUCGGGAGCGUUGGCUUGGAGCUGUGGUGUGUUGUGUUGAUUGUAGAGUGUUCGUUCGUUGUAAUGCUGUUUGGUAACAAAACAUUGGUGAUUUGUGGUUUCUGUUUGAUGGGAAUAUACUUAACUUUGCUUUCUUGUGA